AUGCCACGUAAGCUACGUAAGAAUAUACGUAAGAGGAAGGGAGCAUUGAAACAUCCAAUAGUAAAACUAACACCACAACAACAGUUGCAACAACAAAUGAUGAAUGACCCCACUAUGUUGCAACAAAUGUCAAGCAACCCUAUGCUUUUAAACCGAGUUAUUGGUGCACAGAGUGGAGGUUUAAGAGCGGCACUUUUAGCGAAAAUGGCAGGCUAUGGUGGAGCUGCAGACGGAACAGCUUAUAACCCUCAAAGUCAAAUGAAUUUGAGUUCACUCAAAAAUCAAAUAACAGAUGUCAAAAAGUCAAACAUAGACAUACAGAAACAAAUAAGUGAAAACGAAAAGAAACUAG